UGUUUCUUCCUGAUCUGUUUCAAGGGAUAUUUCUGUGGUUGUGUGGCCAAGCCUUAGGAAUUUGAGCAGUGAAAUUGGGCAGUUCAGGGGGUCUUGGCAUCGGGGACUUGGAGACUGUGAUGUUCCUGGGACAGGGUGGAGCAGGUACCACUUUCUAAUCAUGCAUGAUGGACAGUCUCCCCAGUCCUGCAUAAGGACUUGCCCUCCAGUCCUUGACCUGAUCCAACCUGCAAACCUUUGCCAACGUGAUAGAUCUAAAGCUACUGCUACAUUCAACUACCUCUGGACAAAUAUGGAUUUCAACAAUUGUCUCUUUGAAAUUGGGGAAGAUCUGAACAGUGAAGAGGUGGCCUCCCUCAAGUUCCUAAGCCUGGACUACAUACCACAAAGGAAGCAGGAACCCAUCAAAGAUGCCUUAAUGUUAUUCCAGAGACUCCAGGACAAGAGAAUGCUGGAGGAAAACAACUUGUCCUUCUUGAAGGAGCUGAUAUUCCGAAUUAAUAGACUGGAUCUCCUGGAAAAGCACCUGAAUACCAGCCAAGAAGAGAUGAAGAAGGAGCUUGAGAUACCGGGCAGGGCUCAGAUUUCUGCAUACAGGGUAAUGCUAUACCAGAUUUUCGAAGAUGUAAAUACAUCGGAAUUAAAGUCCUUUAAGUUUUUUUUGAACGAGGAGAUCGCCAAAUGUAAACUGGAUGACAGCAUGAACUUGCUUGAUAUUUUCAUAGAAAUGGAGAAGAGGGUCAUCCUUGGGGAAAGAAAUUUGGACACCCUAAAACGAAUCUGUCACCAAGUCAACAAGAGCCUGCUGAAGAAAAUCAAUGAUUAUGAAGAACUAAGCAGAGCAUCCUCUCUGCCGUGUCGCAUUCCAGAUGUGUCUCCAUCAUUUGUAGAGGAGGCGUCAGUUGAGAUGCUGUCAGUGUCGGACAAUUCAAAAGAACAGGACUGUGAGUCUUCAAAACUGGACAGUGAGUCACAACAGACAUUGGACAAAUUUUACCGAAUGAAAAGCAAGCCUCGGGGGUACUGUCUGAUCUUUAACAAUUAUGACUUUAGCAUAGCGAGAAAGAAUGUGCCCAAGCUUCAGAACAUUAAGGAUAGGAAUGGAACAGACUUGGAUGCAGAGGCUUUGCACAACACCUUUGGUAAACUACAUUUUGAGACAGUGAGUUUCAAAGACUUCACAGCAAAGGAAAUCUGUGGCGCUCUGAAAACCUACCAAAGCAUGGACCACAAUAACAGAGACUGCUUCAUCUGCUGCAUCCUUUCCCAUGGAGACAAGGGCAUCAUCUACGGCUCUGAUGGGCAGGAAGCCCCCAUCCAUGAGCUGACUUCUUACUUCACUAGUUCAAAGUGCCCUUCCCUUGCAGGCAAACCCAAAAUUUUUUUUAUCCAGGCUUGCCAAGGGGAUAACUACCAGAGAGGUAUAGCUGUAGAGACUGACUCAGAAGAAAAGGAUGCCUAUUUAGAAAUGGACUCAUCACUUCAGAAGAGAUAUAUCCCAGAUGAGGCUGACUUUCUGCUGGGGAUGGCCACUGUGAACAACUGUGUUUCCUACCGAAACCCCACGGAGGGGACAUGGUAUAUCCAGUCACUUUGCCAGAGCCUGAGAGAAAGAUGCCCUAGGGGUGAUGAUAUUCUUACCAUCCUCACAGAGGUGAACUUUGAAGUAAGCAAUAAGGAUGAUAAGAAAAAUAUGGGGAAGCAGAUGCCACAACCCACUUUUACUCUGACAAAAAAACUCUUCUUUCCACUUAAUUGAUGUAUAACACUAUGCUUAAUUUUUUAUUAUGAUG